UGCUUACUUAGGUCCUGGCAAAUCAUAGGUGGUGGAAAUGUCUGUACCAAGAUUCCAAAAAAUAAACUUUGGAACAUAUGAUAAUUACAUUCCAGUCAGUGAAUUAAGCAAAAAAUCAUGGAAUCAGCAACACUUUGCCCUGGUAUUUCCCAAACCACCACGGCCAGGAAAAAAAAAGAGAUCAAAACCAUCUCAACUACGAGACAAUACAGCUCCUAAAUAUGAUGAAGAGAAAUUAAGAGAAGGUCCUAAACGACCGUUAUGGAUGCACAGUUCUUUAAUGAGAAUUUCUGAAAGACCAUCUGAUUAUUUAGCUGCCAGGAUAUGGCCCCAACAUAAACCAACCCAUCACCCCAAGGAGGUUGCUAAAGUAGCAGAUGUACACAAACCUGUAUCUCCAGCAAGAGGUAAGAAAGAUAAAGAACACAAGAAAGCAGACAAGAAAGACAAAUCAGAAUCAGAAUCAGAAUCCACAGUUUCAAAGGGGCCACUAAUAACUAGGAAGGAGUCAAAGAAAGAUAAGGAUAUAGAAACAGGAACUAAAGGUGAAAAAGAUGUUGCAAAAACAGAUGUCAAAAAAGAGAAGAAACAUACAAAGAAGGGUAAGGAGUCAGCUACAGAAUCUGAAGAGGAACAAAAAGGUGCAAAAAAAGAUACCAAAAAAGAAAGAAAAGAUUCAAAGAAGGGUAAGGAGUCAGGUACAGAAUCUGAAGGUGAAAAGAAAGACGCCAAGAAAGGUGCCAAGAAAGAAAAGAAAGAUUCAAAGGACAAGGAGUCAGGUAUAGAAUCUGAAGGUGAGAAGAAAGAUGCCAAGAAAGAUGCCAAUAAUGAAAAGAAAGAUUCAAAGGACAAGGAGUCAGGUACAGAAUCUGAAGGUGAAAAGAAAGGGGCCAUGAAAGGUGCCAAGAAAGAUAAGAAAGAUUCAAAAAAGGGCAAGGAGUCAGGUACAGAAUCUGAAGGUGAAAAAAAGAAUUCAAAGAAAGAUGCCAAAAAAGAUAAGAAAGAUUCAAAGAAGAGCAAAGAAUCAAGUAUAGAAUCUGAAGAUGAAAAGAAGGGUGCCAAGAAGGAUAAGGAUGGGAAAAAAGAUUCAAAGAAACCGGGAGAAAAAGAUGAUGAGUCAAAAGACAAGAAAGAAUCCAAGAAAGAUGCAAAGAGAAAGGUGAGUAAAAAAGAGAAGAAAGAUGAAAAGCCCAGUGGGACAGAUAUUGAAUCAAAAGAUGAUGCCAAGAAAGAUGCCAAGAAGAAUGCCAAGAAAGAUGGCAAGAAAGAUGCCAAGAAAGAUACUGACACAGAAUCUCCUGAUGCAAAGAAGGAUGCAAAGAAGGAUACAAAGGAUGCAAAGAAGGAUGCAAAGGCAAAGAAAGGCAAGUAGGCCUUGGAUAAAAUUCAAAAGCACGUUCGAUAAAACAAUUUUAGCAAUCUGAUACCAAAUCUAUGAGUGACAGGGGGCCUCAAAGAAUCAAAUAAUUUUUAAAAUGGAGCAAAGAAGAAUACAAAGAAAGACUCAUAAAAUCAUAAAAAUAUAAAGAAGAAAAGAAAAAUUAAGAGAUGAUUCAAUGAAGAACUUGGAGGAUACAUAUGCUAAGUUUGGGGAUAUGAAGGAUUCAAUGAAAAAUCCCUAGAAAUGUUCAAAGAAGAAUAUUCAAAUCAGGAUGUAGAAGUUAAUGACACUGGAUCUGUGGAUAGCAAAAAAAAAAAAUAUAUCAAGACUUCAAAAAUAUCCAAGGAGGUAGACAAUCUAUAUAAUCAAACUGUGAAGCUGCAUCCACAGAUUUAAAUAAAGAACUAUAGGUGUAUCAGAGGAAGUCAAAAAAAUUUCAGAAAGUCUUUCAAAUAAAUACAAAUUAAAAGUAGCAUUCUUCAAAAAAAAAUACGGAAGGAAGGAAAAAAAGAAUUGCUUCCUUGUGAACCUAUACCGUCAUCCCUGAAGCGUAAACAGCCACACCAGGUUGAUGGAAAUUAAAUUCCACAUCCAAGCCAAGACAAACACACUUGAGAAUAUUAUAAGACAAGAAGAUGCUAAACAGCAUAGAGAUAACUGCAAACAUGAGCAUGGAAGAACUAAGGAAAGAUAUGUAGAAAAAGAACACUUAUAAAGGUCUUUCUGGAAGUAUAAGGGAACCUUGCUCAACCAUCAUGUCAUCAUGAAGGAGGGACAAGAAAAGAAUAUAAAACACAGAACUCAAGGCAGAAUGGGAAAGUACCAUCUCACAUCCAAAUACCAUUAAUUCUAAAAAGCAUUAGAAAAAAUGAAUUAUGCCUGGAGACAAGGCUUACAGCCAAACCAGGAGAACAGCUUUAAUGGGAGUCAUUUGCUAAACCACCUAAUGAAAGUGAAACAAAGAUGAUCAAGAUUAUGACUAUGUGAAGUCUCCCACCCAUCAGAAGCCCUACUGUAAUUGCAUGAAAUGAUCUGGAAAAAAAAAAGAAUGGCCAUCAACUAUACUCAGCAUGCUCUGUUUAUCUCUUCAGAAACUUCUCCUUCAUGAUGUUUCCCCCCAUCACCCCAGUGAAACAUGCAGAGUCAGCCUGCCUUUGCACUCAACCAACUUUCCUUCUCUAGACAAAUUUAUUACGAGUAGCUCUGCUUCUCUUUGGAGAGGUGUGCAAGAAGUCUAAAACUUCAACUGAGGUGUGCCCUGCUGAACCUUAUUCAAAUGGCCUGGGGAUCUCACCGGUGGAUGUAGAUAAACAGCCAUGGCCUUUGCAGUCUUCUUCAACCAUUUUGAAGACGGAUGCCAAAUCAAACAGUAUGAGUAAUACAAAGAUAUAUGAAUGCUACAAGUUACACUAUUGUCUGUACACUUCUUUCAUGAUCCAGUCCAACAUUUGAAACACUUCUACAGAUCUGAUU